AUUAUAAAUGUUAAAGAAUAGGAGUUUUGUAUACUUGUUUGUCAACAAAUAUGCAUUGAGUAACAAACGUCACAAGUGUAAUGUGAAUGUCAUACGUCGUAAUCACAAUCAAUUACAUACUUUGCGCUUAUCGUAUCAAAAGGCAGCUUUAUACCGGCUGGCCGUAAAUCCUAGUUUCAGUGCAGCUAUAACUUCGAAGAUGGCAUCUACGUGGUCUAUGGGGCCAGGGACUUUGGAAAUUCCACUCUCUCUGUUUGCUAAGAACAGGAACCGGUUGGCAGAAAAGCUGAAAAGUGGACAAGUAGUUGUUCUGCAAGGCGGAGAUAGUAUUCCGCACUAUGACACCGACGUCGAAUAUGUAUUUAGACAGGAACCUUACUUCACUUGGGUAUGUGGAGUGCGUGACCCCGGAUGCUACUUUGCCCUUGAUGUGGCUACCAGAAAGAGUUAUCUGUUUGUCCCGAGACUUCCCAUUGACUAUGAAAUCUGGAUGGGAAAACUCCUGAGCUGCGAAGACUUUAAGAAACUCUAUGCUGUAGAUGAAGUUUAUUAUGUGGAUGAGCUAGCAACUAUCCUCCAGGGAUUAAAACCAGAAACACUUCUGACAUUGUGUGGUGUAAACUCUGACAGUGGAUUGACUGCUAAAGAAGCCAUCUUUGAGGGCAUUAAUGAAUUCAAAGUCGACAAUGAAACAUUGUUUCCCAUCAUUGCUGAACUGCGCGUCAUCAAGACGCCAGAAGAGAUUGAAGUUCUCAGAUACGUUUGCAAAGUAUCAUCCGAUGCUCAUAAAAAGGUGAUGCUGUACGCCAAGCCGGGCCUGCAGGAGUACCAGUGCGAGGCGGUGUUCCUGGAGCACUGCUACCGCGCGGGCGGCUGCCGCCACGUGUCCUACACCUGCAUCUGCGGCUCGGGACACAACGCCGCCACGCUGCACUACGGACACGCGUCCGCGCCCAACGCCAAGACCAUCGCGCCCGGGGACAUGUGUCUGUUCGACAUGGGCGGUAACUACGGAGGCUAUGCCGCUGAUAUCACUUGCUCAUUCCCCGCCAACGGGAAGUUUACGGAAGAUCAGAAACUCAUCUACGAAGCAGUUUUGUUUGCCAGGGAUGCUGUCAUCAGGGAAGCUAAGCCGGGCGUGUUGUGGCCAGACAUGCACCUUCUUGCCAACCGCACCAUGCUCGAGCACCUAAAGAAGGGAGGCCUACUCAAAGGCGAUGUAGAAGAAAUGAUCAACCACGGCAUCCACGGCGUGCUGCAGCCGCACGGGCUGGGCCACCUGCUGGGGCUGGACGUGCACGACGUGGGCGGCUACCUGGCGCACUGCCCGGCGCGCCCGCCCGGCCCGCUGCGCCGGCUGCGGACUGCGCGCGCGCUGCAGCCCGGCAUGACGCUCACCGUCGAGCCCGGCUGCUACUUCGUGGAUAGGCUCUUGUCUGAGGCUAAGAACGACCCUGAGCAGUCGCAGUUCUUCAACUGGGAUAUGGUGGACAGGUUCCGAAACUUUGGCGGCGUGCGCAUUGAAGACGACGUUCUUAUCACAGAAACUGGGGUUGAGAACCUCACCUUCGUGCCAAGGACGGUUGCUGAAAUCGAAGAACAUAUGGCGAAUGGCGCUAACUUCAAAUAGUUACCAAACAACAGAGAUCAACCAAACUCGUUAUUGUAUUCUUCUUCAUAAUAGAAGUUACACUAUACAUAUUAUAUAGUAAUAAGAACAAAGACUUUUGUGAAUAUAACUGUUUAUUGAUUAGAAAAGUGAGUAAAGCUUUUGAAGCUGA